GCAAUUGCAAUACCCGAGCUCUCCUUGAGAUGGUGCAAAUCACACACUGCUGCAUCACCGAGGGACCAGGAGAGGAGAAAGGAAAGCACUAAUUAUAUCCUUCUGCUUUUCAGUGUUCUGAGUUUUUUUUCUUUUCAAUUGUUUGGAGCGAGUCUCUGGAAACUGGCAGCUGCUUACAGCAAACCCGCUGCUGCUCGAACAAUUCGUUAUUCUUACUUGUCCCGUGCUGCUUUUCCACCUUUUAUUUUUUCCCCAAACCCGCCACCUAAACUCUGGCACUAUUUUGUUAACUUCUGAUUUAUGACUUUUCAUAAACAAAUUGUAAAGUCUAGGAAUGAAGAAACCCUGGGUGAAAGAAGCCUGAGGAGAAAGCAUGUGCCAGAGGUGGAGUGAGGUAUUUUGAGAAGGAAUAGGAAGAAAGGAAAUUACUUAUUGAGCUUACUGAAGCAGCUAAAUGCGUUUGAAAGAAUUUGUGCUUAACACUUUAAAACAAAACUAAACCUUCUUUCUUUAUUAAAAUAAGGAAAAUACUCAGGUAUAGAAAUUAUUCUCUCCAAGCCCUUUUAUUGUGGUGCUGUCCCAGUCCUUCCUAUUUGUAAUCCACAGACCCACCUGCAAACUCAUAAUUUACUGACUCCCUCAAAACUUCUGUCCUGUUUGUUGUCUCCAUCCUCAUCGCCAUCCUGUUAUUUAUAGCAGUAAUAACAGCCAGCAGAGCUGUCCCUUAGCAGAAAAGCUCCCCUCCUUCUAUGCCUUCACCGGAGCCUGCUCUUUCGAACCGAUCGGAGCAGACAAAUGCAACCACCCACCUCUAGGAGGAAAACCGAGCUGCAGCCCUGGUGAAACAUAAAGUUUAUUUGACUAAAUGACUAAAGUGACGCAAAAAUUCUUAAAGAGCUCUUUGGCAGCAGAUUAUCUGGAAAUCAGACCACGUGAGGGGGAUUGGCGUACAAAAACCUCACCAAGAUGCUGAGUUGCCCACAGGCUGAGUUCCCGAGACUCUGAAGUAAAUGUGGGUGAAGGUUACCAGAGCUUGGAUAACUCCAAGGAAAGCACUUCCAACUGAUCCAAAGGACAGAUGGUGUUUGUGCCUUCUGUCUGAUGGAUUUAAAUCUAGAAGAGGAAUACUAUUAGUGCUGGGAAUAAAGCCACAAGGGGACUCUGUGCUGCCAUCCGCCUGCAAGUGAUCAGAACAGAUCUCAUAAAAAAUGGAAAAAAAGGCAACAAGCAAUGAGACUGAGCCACUGACUUCUAAGAAAGAUGUUUCAGACUGUAACGAAGGAGAAGAUUGCAAAGAGAAUGGACUUCUGAUGAGGAACCCUAAGCCUGCCCUACAGCUAGCAGAGGAUGGCAACAAAGUCCACCCCAGCCAGGGAGAUAAAGGGGAGGCAGCUCAGAUCUCCAACGGUUAUUCAGGGGUUCAGAGCUCUGUUCCCUGCAAUGGAAUGGGAGAGGUGGAAGACGCCCAGGGCACUGCCCCAGCGGCCACCACCACCACUACAACCACGACUUCGACCACCUGCGGAGCAGAAGGCCAGCAGCAGCUGAUGGAGCUAGAAGACAGAGAGACCUGGAGUAAAAAAAUUGACUUUCUCCUCUCUGUCAUUGGAUAUGCAGUGGAUCUGGGAAACGUGUGGAGAUUUCCGUAUAUAUGCUACCAAAACGGAGGAGGAGCAUUCCUCAUUCCUUACACACUCAUGGCCAUCUUUGGAGGGAUUCCUCUUUUCUACAUGGAACUUGCACUAGGACAGUACCACAGGAAUGGGUGUAUUUCAAUCUGGAGAAAAAUCUGCCCUAUAUUCAAAGGAAUUGGCUUUGCCAUCUGUAUAAUAGAUCUCUACGUAGCCUCCUACUACAACACCAUUAUGGCUUGGGCCUUUUACUACCUCGUAUCCUCCUUCACGUCGGAGCUGCCGUGGACCAGCUGCACAAAUCCUUGGAACACAGGCAACUGCACCAACUACUUCAGCAAGGACAACGUCAGCUGGUCCCUACACUCCAUCUCUCCCGCAGAAGAAUUUUAUACCCGCCAAGUUCUACAGGUGCACAGGUCCAAUGGGCUGGAUGACCUGGGGGGCAUUAGCUGGCAACUGACCAUCUGUUUACUGUUAAUCUUCACCAUUGUAUACUUCAGCAUCUGGAAAGGGGUCAAAACAUCUGGCAAGGUGGUGUGGGUGACUGCCACAUUCCCUUACAUCAUACUCUUCAUCCUGCUAGUGAGAGGGGCAACCUUGCCUGGGGCUUGGAGAGGUGUCCUCUACUACUUGAAACCUGACUGGCACAAACUCCUGGCCACUGAGGUUUGGGUGGAUGCAGCAGCUCAGAUUUUUUUCUCCCUCGGUCCAGGUUUUGGGGUCCUAUUGGCCUACGCCAGCUACAACAAAUUCCAUAACAACUGCUACCAAGAUGCUCUGGUUACCAGUACCGUGAACUGCGCGACUAGUUUUGUGUCUGGGUUUGUCAUAUUCACUGUGCUGGGAUACAUGGCCGAGAUGAGGAAGGAAGACGUAUCAGAGGUUGCCAAAGAUACCGGACCCAGCCUUCUCUUCAUUACAUACGCUGAGGCCAUUGCUAACAUGCCUGCUUCCACUUUCUUUGCCAUCAUCUUUUUCCUGAUGUUACUCACGCUGGGAUUAGACAGCACGUUUGCAGGACUAGAGGGAGUGAUCACUGGAGUACUGGAUGAAUUCCCGCAUGUCUGGAGCAAACGCAGGGAAUUGUUUGUCCUUGGUCUGACCAUUGUUUGCUUUUUGGGGUCAUUAGCAACCCUGACAUUUGGAGGUGCAUAUGUGGUAAAGCUGUUUGAAGAAUACGCCACUGGUCCAGCUGUCUUAACUGUUGUGUUCCUGGAAGCGGUUGCUGUGGCCUGGUUCUACGGCAUCACCCAGUUUUGCAAUGAUGUGAAAGAAAUGCUGGGCUUCACCCCAGGCUGGUACUGGCGAGUGUGCUGGGUAGCAAUCAGUCCCAUCUUCCUUCUGUUUGUCACUUGCAGCUUUCUGUCCAAUCCUCCUGAGCUACGGCUUUUUGGUUACAAUUAUCCCUACUGGACCACAGUAGUGGGUUAUUGCAUAGGAACCUCUUCUAUCAUCUGUAUUCCCAUCUACAUGGUUUACCGGUUGAUCAUCACUUCAGGAACACUUAAAGAGCGUAUUCUGAAAAGCAUUACUCCGGAAACAGCGACAGAAAUUCCUUUUGGAGACAUCCGCAUGAAUGCAGUAUAAGCUAACCUGUUUUCUGGGAGGAGAGAGGGGGAGCAUAACGUAACUUUUCCCAUACUCUCCUCCCCCAAAGAGGUAACUUUCCAGUUGAGACAACAAAUGGAGUUUUCUAUGGAGGCUGCAUCACUGACAACGGGCAUUUGGAAACAUGAUGCCUCCAGCACAUUAAUACAAGCAAUUCAAUGAAAUCUACUGUGCACUUCUAACCAGACUGAACUGACUGACAACUCCUUCCUUCCGGAACCGUGAGGAUGUCUGUGUGCAUGAGAACACCACUGUCCCACGCGUGCGCACUGGGGCCGUUUGAAAGUGUGUGUGACUGCGUAAGCCGCUCUAGGACGAGUGUCAGCAGGUAGGAUUAGGUGUAGAAUCCCAAGUCUGUGGCAGUACUCCUUUAACUUCCUCAAUGUGAUCGUUCGUCCUGGGCAAUGUCGUAUUCGCUUCUAAGGUUCUAAUUGUUUCAACUACAUUGAAAAAUAUACAAAUAUUUCCGAUAGCCAUACAUUAUUUAAUAGGUUUUAUAACCUAGCAAAUAAAUAUAGUGAAUUCCUCAGUCCCUAGGUCUGUAGUGCAGUAGACGGAGGAAGAGGAACCAAUCCUGAGCAGCACUAUAUUCUCUGCAUAUGUUGCACACACAUUUUCCUUCCCUCUAUUUUGUAGAUGAUAGAAGUUUCUACUAAUUGUUUCUUGCAUAACAAAUACAAAAGCAGCUGUGGAAAUGUUGAAAGCCUCACAUGCCCUGAGACCCAAAUCAACCUUCAAACACUCCUCACAGUUUACUUGACAAGUACCUCAGUUCCCAGCACUUACUACACUGUUUUCAUAACUAAGCUACAUAUUAACAAACCCUUUGUCCAGACAGACCUAACGCUCACACCCAAAGAAACUGCAGACCAACAAGGCAUUGUUUUGAGUGCUGAUGCCAAAAAAUUAAAUCUUAAAGAUCUGCUUCUCUGCUUUGUUCUGGUGGGGGUUUUAAAUUGUUCUUUGUUUGUUUGAACUUGAUUUCACACCUAAAAUUUACUGGAGCCUGUGGCUUUUUCUGUUCUUUCCUAGUACAGAACCAAUGUUUAGACUUAUUCUUUUGUCUGGCUGACAAAAGUACACUUAAACUAUACAAACCUACUUAGAAGAUUUACUAGCUCAUAUUCUAAUUGUGAGAACAUUUGGUUUUCAUCCUGAAGAAGAAAAAGAGGAGGAUUUUUUUUUUUAACAGGAAGCUAAAUAGAGUUCAGCAGGAUUGAUACUCAUCAGAACUAUUUAUACUAGAAGUUGAGGCACAGAUAUGCAAAUUAUACAUACUAACCUCUUUAUAUUACAUGCACACGUGUGCUUUCCAAGGAGAGGCCUUCAGACUGACUAUGAUUGCCCAGGCAGCUGGAGGCCAAUAGUUCUGCUGCAGUUAUGUGGAAGUUUAGACAAACAUAAGUAGGCAUCAUUAAUGUAAAAACCUGCAUUGUAUUUUUACUCUACCGCAUAGAUUAUAACAAGUCAAAUAAAACAGAGGAUAAAAGUCUCUUUGGUAUCGCAUGGUCUACUUAGGUAACAUACUGCUAAAACGAACAAGGUUAUAUAAUGUUUUCAUAAUUUCUGCUAAGGUUUUUCUCGCUUAGGUGUUCAGACAUCUCCAGGAGCCACUUACGCUUCAGCUGGCAACUUGAGCACACUUAACUUCAGGUCUCAAGACAAACUUCCCAUAAGGAAAUAACUUAAAAGGACAAUGACUGUUCUUCCAGAACUACAAACAAAAGACUCCUGAAAUAUUUUUAAAAAGGGAAUAUCUUCUUUCACUGCCACAAGAAAAACAUAAUUAAUGUCUUACGGGGCAGUUUUUCCCACAAAACAGGUCUGUACCUUAUGCCUCAUGUAAUUGUAAACUACUCCCAAAACGGUUUUCGUUGCAAGGAAAAGAGGAAUAGUUUGGGAAUUCUUUGAAUAUUAGGAAGCCAAUUAGUUAUUAAGUUACAAACCACAAAACUACCGCCUUUAUAAAACACCUAAAUUUUCUGUUACAAGUUCAUUAAUUGAAAAAAUCCAUAAGAAGUGUCAAUGUGAGAUGAAGGAGGUACUCGUGUAUCCAAAACCAAAGUGUGGGAAAUAAAGCAGAAAACCCUACCCAGCUCCUUCGCUCUCCAGGCUGGUGCUCAGCUGAUGCUGGAGAAGCUUCCUCCUAGACACAUAAAUCCUACAAAUGGAAUUUAUUUUUCCAGACUUGAUACUGUUUCAUGCUGGGCUCAUUAUCAAAACAAACACCACACCACCCUAACCACCAGCACAAAACCAACCCAAAACUCACAGUUCCAAUUUUUGGGCAUCUAUGUAGCCCUAUUUGCAAAAGCCUCUAUACAUAGAUGUUCUGCUACCUUCUUUUAUUAGGAAGGGGUGAAGGGUCGAGUUAAAUUUGAGCAUUACCUGUAUCAAAGCCAAAGUUUCUCUUUCAACUCUUGUAAACAAACUGAAACUGGGAACAGAAUAAUUUGCAGAGUAAUAAUUGCAGGAAUCACUGCUCUUCAGUGCGAAACAUUGCCAAUGUUAUUCUUUUAUAACAGCAGUUGAAAUGGCAAAAGAUGCAACUUUAAUUUGUAUUUCUUAAGACUCUAUUAUAUGACAGACAUCAGUGUCUCUCUGGGUGGUUUUAGCACAGAAAGCUGAGCAACCUCCCAAGAAACGCCACUGCUUUCCAGUGGAUUAAAUGUCAGCCAAGAAGCCAUGAUGUUAACACAACCGCUGCAAUUGUUACUGUGUAAAACAAGACAAGGUCUCUCCUGCCUGAAUUUCUCAGCUGAAAAAUGAUGCACUCUGAGCAGAGGGUGCUGAGAGAGGGUGAAUGUUCUUAAAAUCACUUAAAGAUACAGAAAGCAAUGCAGACUUGAAAAGUUACCGGAAAAAUAUUUUUAGACAUAGGCAGUCCAGAAGAUCAUUUGCCAUGUUAAAUCUUCACUCUCUUUUCACUAGGAUAGUGCAGUCUGAGGUCUUCACGGAAACAGGGGGCAAGGAAGCCCUCCAGAAGCGAGCUAAAUAGGCUUUUCUUUUCCUGACUAAUACAAAGAUAAAAUACAUCCAUGUUUUCAUUCUAUAAAAGCUGAACUCACAUGACAGUUUAGUUCCCAUUAUUUCUUUGAUACGUUGCUUACUGGUUUGAAGCUUUCUAAAUCUUCGUAUGGUAAGUUCCUUUUUUUUUGUAUCUCUGUUUAGCUGGGUGGUUGAAAUAUUGAGAAAUUGACUUUAUCUAUUUUCGUCAUAGAUUGUUUUUUUUUUUCUUUUUACAUAUGCAUCUGAAAGCAGUUUGAGUAAUCAAUAUUUACCAGGUAACUCAACAAGUACCCAGAUAUUAAACACUGGUUUUGUAUAAAACAUAGUUAUAUUGGGACCAAAUGGGCUGCACUGCAAUUACAAGCCUUUCAAGGCAAACAGAUUCCUUCUCUUAAGCUCACCUUCCACUUAUUUAUCACAGAAGUAUAUCCCACCCUCUAUUCUGAACAGUGAAAAGGAAGUUAUGAAACUGGUAAAUUAGGACCAUGUUUGCCUUUUAAGCAAACAGAAUUAAACUGGAGUUUUAGCUGUACAGAACUAAGUAUUCCUUCCAACUUGUACCCAAUGCACCUGUAUUAAUUUAUGCGGCUGUUUAGUUACAAGUGUUGCAAGCUGAUUGUAAGUCAUCAGUAUGUGCCUUGUACUGUAAACUGUUAUAAUAAAUUUAAUAUUCAUAA